GCUUUAGCAUCAAUCAUGCCUAGAGUCUCUGUCGGUAAGCCGGCUCCUGACUUCACCGCCACGGCGGUGAUGGACGGCAAGCUCAAAGAAAUCUCCCUGAGCGCAUACACUGGCGCCAAUCACUGGGUCGCUCUUGUCUUCUUUCCAAAGGCCUGGUCAUUCGUCUGUCCCACCGAGAUCCGCGCAUACAGCGAACGUCUUGAGGAGUUCCUCUACUCCCGCUCCUGUGCCGUUGUCUUCGCCUCGACUGACACAGAGCUGUGUCUUCGUGCUUGGAAUCACACCAACGAAAUGGAAGGAGGUCUCGGCGGAGUCCACGUACCCCUUAUGAGCGACAGCAACCACAAGAUCAGUCGCGACUAUGGCGUCUUGCUCGAGGAUGAAGGUGUCGCCGAGCGUGCUCUCUUCAUCAUCGAUCCCAAGGGCAACAUCAGAAACAUCACCAUCAGCGACGCAGAUGUCGGACGAAGUGUUGACGAGACCCUACGGAUCAUCGAUGCCCUUGCCUUCAAGGAUGAGUUCGGUGAGGGGUGUCCUGUCAACUGGAAAAAAGGCGACGCCGGCCUUAAGAUGGCCGAGCAGACCCGAGUCGACGGCCCUAUCGAGAUGAAGAAAUCUUGGAGCGAGUGGGCUAGACCGAAGCUCCAACGUGCUUGGAGUGGUCAAUCGCAGAGAUCUAUCGGUAGCGGCACUCUCAAAACAAUGGGUCAUUUCAAAUCACUUUCCGAAACACCACCAUCGCCGCUUUACUCGCCUACCAGCUCUGCUUUCGGCAUCAUGGAGAAGAACAUGGAAGCUGCUAUGGCUAACCACUCCAUUGGUCUUGCUACUUAG